GGGUUGACUUAGUGGGACUUGUGUAGUGUUGCGUCAGGCGGCGGUGUGGGCUCCAUGACGUCAAUGGGUGAUGUGGCCUCUAGUGAUGUGCUCAAGCAUGUGUUCGAGUCAAUAGUGGCAUUGAGGGAGAGUGCGUUAUAUAGUGGUGUGUGCGCUUGACUCACCCAAAUACCGCCUUUAGUGAUACAUAUAGUGAGUGUAGGAAUAUGUCGUCAUCGCAAGUGCCGUGAGGCAAAAGAGGGGCUUCAAAAGCCACAUUAACUCGCUUUUCGGGUCAUGGAGUAUGCAAAUCUUCCAUUAAGACUAAAAAGUGGGAAGAUCGUUUACAUCAAUCAAACGUGACGCUGUUAUAUAGAGGAGGUUAGCGCCCUCUCCCGCUCACCUCGCUACCUGCACCACCCGGGCUCGAACUCUGUACACUUUUUCCUCAGAACUUUGUGGUCGUGAAUAAAGAAACUAGUCAAUAAAAAUCUUGUCAAAUGAGGCAGAUUUGUCCACAUGUGGUGGAUAAAUACCUACCUGUCCGUGGUGGUGAAUCCAGAUGCGCUUGAGGUCCCUGCUCCGUGAGUGGAUAACUUGACCUUGGUAGAAAACGUGGCAGUAAGGAACACAGUCGUCGCCUAACGUUGGACUCGCGUCUAAUCACGGCAGAGCAGCAGUAGAAGCCACCGCGUGAACCAUGAGAGGUUGAGGUGCCAUGAACAGCAGAUUCGAGGUGUGCAGCAUCAAUAACAGCACCCCUGGUAACAACAACAAUAAUAAUAGCACCAACAACAGCAGCACCAUCAACAACAGCAGCAGCAACAACAGCAGCAGCAGCAACAACAACAGUAGCAACAACAGCAGCAGCAGCACCACCAACAACAACAGCAGCAGCAACAACAACAGCAGCACCAACAGCAGCAGCACCACCAGCAGCAGCAGCAGCAGCAGCAGCAAUAGUCUUCAUAGAGGAUCUUCUUAUCAAAGUGUUCCACCAUCUCCAGCCACGUCGCGAACCAGUGAUCUCACAAGGAACGGUGCAGUGAAUCAUUGGUCAUAUGCAUUGAGUGGGCAGUACCAGCAGAAUUACUACCCACAAUACCAGUAUCAGCAGUAUCAGUACCACCAAGAGUCAUACUACAACCAGCAAGUAUAUCACCAGCAGCAGACAUACUAUCCACAUCAUCAACAAUAUUUUAGUCAGACUUCAUACACAGCUCCUGAGCAUCAGCAGCAGUACGCUGUAGGUGCACAACAACAAGCUGGGGAAAGCAGCCAAUGCUGGGAGUGCGGAGCAGCAUUCCAGGAUGUGGCACUCCUCCGUGACCACCUGGCACUCUUCCAUGUACAUGCGCUCACCUACUCUUGCCGUUUAUGUCCAGCUGUUUUUCCUAGUCAAACACUCCUUGCCCACCACAUCAACACUUGCCAUGUGGUAGGUGAACCAGUUGCCUCACUAAGAACUUCACAUCCAGUUACUGGACAUACAACAGCAGUAGUACCUCAGUAUCAAACUGGAGCAGUACAAUUCCAGAAGCAAGAAGGAUCUAAAUUUGUCUUCAAGGAGGAAGAAUCUCAUAGUGAGGUGCAAAAGGUAGAUUUAUGGUGUGUUCAUUGUAGGAUAAAUCAGUUUUCCAGUGAAAGAGAUUUUGAGGCCCAUCAUUUGGGCCACGUUAACCAGAGAAUCUUAAAGGUGCGACUAAAACGUCUAACUGCAAAAGAACUGAAGAAGGCGAAGGUAGUUAUUCGUAGAAAAAGGGGUCGGUCAAAUAUCAAGCUGAAGCUCAAAAUUUCCAAAGUGGGUCGUGGUCGUGGUCGUAAGCGAAGAGAAGUGCAAAUUGUCAGCGAAGAGGGCAUGAGUGACAACCAUAACAGUUUUCAGGAACAAGACGGACUGGAAGCUGAACCUCAAAGGCAGGAACAGGUGGAUGGUACAGAAGAGGUUAGUGUACCAGAGGAGAAAGAAGAAAGUGGAGGCGAGAGUGAAGGAGAACAGGAAGCCAGUGGAUUGCCCUCAGAGCCCAGGGAUACAGAACAAGACGUAGAACAAAAUUUAUCACCUGGGCAUGACGACUUGGAUGCUGGCAGAGAGCAGGAUUACGAGCAGGAGGAGCAGGAUUCUCAGCAAGACAUUUCUGAACAGCAAGACCAAGACCAAGAGGACCAAGAUCAAGACCAGGACCAAGAUCAAGACCAGGACCAAGAUCAAGAGGAGGAAGCUGGUACAUCACAACAAAAAGAGACAGAGGGAGAUUACCAGCAAGCUUCUGGCAGUGGUGAACAAAGUGAAAAUAGCAAUACUGGGUUCAACUCCAACUUUGGUGAGCAAGAUCUUGGAUUUGGUAACGCUGGACCAAGUGAAGCCCCAUCUUCAACUUACCAACCUCAGUUUGAGUCAUUCCCAACCAGUGAUUGGUUCAGUGAAUACGAAUCCGGAUCGAGGAUAGCUGCUGCAAUGGCAGGAGCAACAACUGCAGAAACUGCAAGUGAGAGCAGUGCUUGGGCAGGUGGAACAGAGGGAACAGCUGACCCUGCUUACUCUUCAGCUAACACUCCUCCUGAAAAGGAUUCUUCUGAUAUACCUGUUAAUGGUGGCGAGAGCGAGGGCGAUGGGGAAGAUGGCUUGUUUAGUCAGGCAGUGUUGGGCCAGGAAUCCCCAGAAAAGAAUGACCGCCAGGGUAGCUUUGAACAGCUGUGUCUUAAUGAUUCUUACAGUGGCCAGAGUCAAGAUAGCAAUGAAGAGCAAUCACAAGAGCAACAGCAAGAUCAACCGCAGCUUUCACCACCAGCGGAACAGCAGCAGCAAGCUUCUGGCGUAGCAAGUGACCUAUUAUCUGAAUUGGAAUAUUUGAAUAAUAGUGGUCAGUCUUCACAAGAUUCACAACCGGACUCUCAGCCAGGCUCACAGCAGGGAUCACAGUCUGGUCAGGUGGAUGGGUCACCACAUAGUGGAGGCCCUUCUCCUCAUAGUGCAGGGCCUGCUACUCCUUCUCACCUUAGCUCUCGGGGCUCCAACUCGGGCACACCCACUUCUUCUGGUGGACAACCAACACCGCCACCUUCUGAUACAUCUUUUAGAGCAUUAGCGACUAGUCCCAUUACCAGCCCAACCCAGCAGUCAACUUCACCAUCACUCCACAAAGGUCCAACUCCACCUGCUACAUCACCACUUCAAUCACAGGAGCUUUCUCCACAAAGUGGUGACCAACAGCAGGCUGGAGUACCUCGGCUUACAAUAGCUAACAAUCUCAUGGCUCCAGCAACUAGUGCUCACAUGAUGGCAACAACAACUGCCAGUCAGGCUGCUGUUGGGGGUAUGAUGAAUAGGUAUGGUACUCAGUGGUCACAGGGUGCUGCAUACAGUGGUGCUGGGGGUUAUGGAGCUCUUGCAGGUACUAGUAUGGCAAACACGAAUUUAGCAGGUCCUUUGCGCGCCCCUUUGCCCCCAAGUGUUGCAAUGCCAUAUCGACCUAGUCCUCCUCCACGAGUAAGAGGAAGACCACCACUUAUGGGUCAUGUAGGUCGUCCACCUCUUCAUCAAGCAGCCCAUUUGCAGCCCUCUCGUGGUCCUGGCCGUCCCCCAACAUCAUCAAUACUUCCACCGCCACUUAUGCCAGCACCAGGGGGGCGUGGUGGUAUGAUGCCUCCUCUACAGCGUAUGCAUCAAACUAUGUACCCAGGUCAAAGACAACCUUCCCCUCAACAACAGAGUGGUGCUGGUAAAAGACAGCUUUUGGGUGCAGCUGGUCACUCUCCAAGCAAAACUGCCCGUCGAGAGGAUAUCAAUGUGCCAUCCCGUCAGAAGGAUAACGAAUGUCAGAUCAUUGCAGUAGCAAACCGCAGUGAUGGACUACCAGUGAUAUCCAAUGUGCAGGGUGGUUCAACUGCUCCUGGUAGCCAGCACCGUGGCUCAGGUGCCCCAGCAACCACAGAGUCGACUAUAAACCUCAGUGAUUCCAUUACACUGAGUGUGCGGGCAUCUGGUGGCAAAGAUGCAUCACGUGGUGAAAGAAGUGGCCCAGAAGCUGGGGCUGUUGCUAAUCUUCUGGCAUCUCGAGGUAUUACCGUUACACCAGCUGCUGGUGAACGACAGGAUGGUACUGGGGGAAGAGAUGAUCGCCGCUUACCUACAGCACAAGAAUUGAACUUAUCAUCAGCCAUAUCUGUACAUCCACCAACCCAAAGAGAACGAGAAGGGGGUGGAAGAGAACGAGAUAGAGAUGGAUUUGCUGUACCACAGGCACCUCCAACUCGAGGAACUAUGUCAAAUAGUACUGUUGAACGUCCUCCUCGUCCCCCUACUGUAGAUUUAACUCAGGAUAUUCCCUCUUCAGGUACUCAGGGCACUCGUCAUAAAUGCCACCAGUGUGACCGGUCUUUUCCAACAGCAGCAUUACUAUCAGAACAUAGUCGUGUGCAUCAACAACAGCAACAAUCUCGUAUGCCUUUCAAAUGCCACUUAUGUACUGCAGGGUUUUCUACACAAAAGGGUCAGCAACACCAUUAUCAACAGUUUCACCAGUUACAUCUUUCUGCUGGAGAUGUGGCUAUUCCUUUAGUAGACCUGCGUAAUCCUGUUAAUGUGCAACGUAUGGCAGCCCUUGGAAUCCGUUCAUUCCUUCCACUGACAAACCUUCAAAACCGCGGUGCUGGUGGUGUGGUUGGUGUCCCUAUAUUAACUCUGGAAAACCUAAGAAAUGGUCAUAUGACAUUACAGCAAUGGGGUGUUAGUGAUGUUCUUUCCCUUGGCCCUGCAAAGACACUCAAUAUGCCCAGGUAAUUGUUAAGAGUGAUACGGCACUUUAUAAGUUCCAAAGCUAGUGUUUGGGCGUCUGGUGCAAUUUAAGACGUUCAUUUUUUAUUUUUUAUUUUUGGCACUAUUAGUGAGAAAGAAAUGGCAAAAAUGCUGCAGUCAAACACCAUUUAUGGACAAAUAUGCCAUUAGGUUUCUUGUCAAAAUGUACAAACUUACUUGUGUGCAUUCAAAAUGCUAGAACUGUAAUGUAUACGAAAGAUCUCCCUAUAUGUAUGUAUUUCUGUUCUGGAUUGUAGUAUAAUUAUUUUUUUUAUACUGAACAUUCUUUUGAUGUUUCAUUGUUUUAGAGUGCCAAAAGUAUCACUGAUAUGCAUUUGUUGAGUUGUGUAUAUUAAUUAUGUAAAAAAUAUAUAUAUAUAUAUAUAUAUAUUUAUAUAUAUAUAUUUAUAUUUUUUUGUAUGUGACUGAAUAGAAUUUAACAUACCAUACAGAAUGACUAAUUAGUCAGUAAAUUAUUAAAAUCAAACUAAAUUGUAUAAAAUCUGUUUCUCUGCAAAUACAUUCCUUGCAAGAAAACAGCAUAGAUGGGAUGACUUCGUUGACAUAGCUUACUGUUGUGCAACUAUACUUUAAGUAUUGCAGUAGUUCUAUUCAGUUCUUCUCAACUUAAGAAUGCCCUUUUUUGUAUUUUUUACCAAAUAAUUUGAUUUUGUAAAGUGAAUGUACAAAUCUUUGUAUAUAGUUUUAUAUAUUUUCUAUAAAUGUGAAAUAAAUUAGAAUUUAAA